CAAUUCAAUGGCAUCUGGUAAUUUCUCUCUGGCAAUCCUCUUCUUAUUCUUCUCCCUCUCUCACGCCAUUGAUGAUCAUCACCACCAUUUGCCGCCUGAAAUUCGAGAAGCUUGUAAAGUCUCACAUGAUCCAUCAAAAUGCGAGGCUUCCUUCCAUUAUCACUUUCCUUCAAAUCUCUCAACCCUUCAAAUAAUCUAUUCAGCAUUAGCUCGCUCCUCGCAUAAACUCACCAAGGCCCAGGCCUUGGUGAAGGAUAUACAAAAAGCUUCUGCUGGAAACGUGAAUGUUACCGUUGCCGCGGUAAAUUGUGUGGAGGGACUCGCUUUUUCAGAAUACAGAUUUAAGCAGACGGCUAAUGAUGCAUUGCCAAGAGGCGAAAUUAAGGACGCUCGCGCAUGGAUGAGCGCAGCCUUAGGGUAUCAACAUGGCUGCUCCGCGGGUUUACAGAAGGUGAAUGACACCUCACGAGUUAUACAAACUAUAGUGUUAAUGGAGUCAUUGAUUGGGUUUACCAGCAAUACUUUGGGGAUGAUAAUCAAUUUUGAUAUUCAUGGGAAUCAAAUCGGAUCAUGGAGUCCGCCUAAAACUGAACGUCAAGGAUUUUGGGAAGGUGUUACAGGAACCAGAAUGGAUGUGAAGGGAGGAGUUCCAUCGAAUUUGAAGCCGAAUGUGAUGGUUUGCAAGGCAGGAAAUUGUGAGUAUAGGACGGUGCAGGAUGCGGUGAAUGCAGCGCCUAACAACUUGGUUUCUGAGAGAUUUGUGAUAUGGAUCAAGGCGGGGUUGUAUGAUGAGAUUGUUAGGGUUCCUAUGGCGAAGAGGAAUUUGGUGUUUUUAGGAGAUGGAAUGGGACAAACUGUUAUUACAGGAUCAUUGAAUGUUGGUAACAUGGCCAACAGUGGCGUCACUACUUUUGAAUCUGCUACUGUCGGAGUACUUGGAGAUGGAUUCAUGGCCAGGGAUCUAACGAUCCAAAACACAGCAGGUGCUGGUGCUCAACAAGCAGUAGCUUUUCGAUCCAGCAGUGAUCGUUCUGUGAUAGAAAAUUGUGAAUUUCUGGGUAACCAAGACACACUUUAUGUCAAUUCUUUGCGCCAAUAUUACAAGUCAUGUCGAAUACAAGGUAAUGUAGAUUUCAUCUUUGGAAACGCGGCUGCCUUCUUCCAAGACUGUGACAUCUUAGUUUCCCCUCGAAUAGUAAAUCCAGAGAAUGGUGAAACCAAUGCUAUCACUGCUCACGGUAGAAUAGAGCCAGGUCAAUCAACCGGUUUCGUCUUCCACAAUUGUUCCAUCAAUGGAACUCCAGAAUAUAUGAAGUUGUAUAACAGUAAUCCUAGUGUACACAAAACUUACCUUGGAAGGCCGUGGAAGGAAUAUUCGAGGACAGUUUAUAUACAAUGUCAAUUUGGGGAUCUUAUUAAUCCUGAUGGAUGGAUGCCUUGGAGUGGUGAAUUUGCUUUGAAUACACUUUACUAUGGAGAAUUCGGAAAUACUGGAGCUGGAGCUAAUGCAAAAGAACGAGUGCUGUGGAGUAGCCAAAUUCCAGCUCAACAUCUGUAUUCAUACUCUGUUCAGAAUUUCAUUCAAGGCGAUCGAUGGAUUCCUUCAUGUUCAUGA